GUCGCCGUUCAGCCACCGAACACAACCCGAAAAACAAAAACGAUUUCGAUAAAUAAUAACAAAUCCAGUUUCCGACGACACGUUUGGGAGUGCGUGUGGAAAUCUGUGAGUGUUGUGGUUUUCUUUUUCUCUUGGAAAUUUUUCAGUUGCAGCAGGAAGUUUGGUACGGCGCAAAGCGAAAAUGGAUACCAUUAGAAAUGACUGCAUCGUGACCGUUGCAUAGGUUUGAGAUGCUUCUCCUGCACCAUCCAGACGGCGGGACGAGGAAAUCUCGAAAUUUUCGCAGGGCUAACAUGAAAAUACGGCCACCGGAUUAAAGAGGAAUCGAAUUAUUGCAUUAAUCAAUCUAGUCAAUAUUAAAAGCUAGCCGUAAGAACUAAUUGAGAUGUUUUGAUUGACUGCAACAUUAACUAGCUGGGUUUUUGUUCCAGGAACGUUUUACGGCCAAUUAAUAACUUAUAAGUAUUUAGUGGUCAAUAAGAACGUACGGUACUUUGUAGUCCAAUAUAACUUUCCAUCCUUUAAACGGUAAUUCACAGAAGAUGCUUUGAUCACACAUAAAAUCGACAAUCAGUCUAUAUAAAAUACAUUGUUGUUUAUGGUUAUAUUUCAGGUACUAGAUUUAUAAACAAAAAAUGGUUGUGGAAACUCUAUUAGUUUCAACAGCAGUAAAAACUGUAGGAAUAGUGGGAUCCACACUAUGGCUAAUCCCGUUGAUUUUCACUGGGUUAACCUACUGGAACUACAACAACUUGGACCCUGAAGCUCCAGUCGUCAAUCAGAAAACGUUAUUUAGGGAGUACGACUUCAUAGUUGUUGGAGGUGGAUCGGCUGGAGCUGUUGUAGCCAGCAGAUUAUCUGAGGUGCCACAAUGGAAGGUACUUCUCCUAGAGGCUGGACCAGACGAAAACGAAAUCUCAGACGUGCCAUCAUUGGCAGCCUAUUUACAACUAUCCAAACUGGACUGGACCUACAAAACUGAACCCACAGGACGAGCCUGCAACGGAAUGAAAAACGGCCAAUGCAACUGGCCCAGGGGGAAAGUUUUGGGUGGUUCCAGCGUCCUAAAUUACAUGCUUUACGUUCGGGGCAACAGGCACGAUUAUGAUCAUUGGGAAGCUCUAGGCAAUCCCGGUUGGAACUACCAGAACGUGCUCAAGUACUUCAUCAAAUCUGAGGACAAUCGUAACCCCUAUUUGGCUAAGACGCCGUACCAUGGCACGGGAGGGUUGUUGACCGUCCAGGAGUCCCCUUGGAGGACGCCCCUAGUACUAGCCUUUGUGCAAGCUGGGAAGGAAAUGGGCUACCCCAACCGAGACAUAAACGGGGCCGAACAAGCUGGGUUUAUGGUCGCACAAGGUACCAUACGUCGUGGAUCCAGAUGCAGCUCAGCCAAAGCGUUCUUAAGACCAGUACGACUCAGAAAGAACCUGCACAUAGCCCUCAACGCCCACGUGACCAGAAUUCUGAUCAACCCCACCGACAUGCGAGCCUUCGGAGUGGAGUUCGUGAGGAAUGGAAGGAAGCAGGUCGUGAUGGCAAGAAAGGAGGUGGUUAUGUCAGCUGGUUCCAUCAAUACGCCGCAAAUUAUGAUGUUGAGUGGCCUGGGGCCACGGCAGGAGUUGGCGAAGCACGGAAUACCAGUUUUGAAAGACCUCCCUGUUGGAGAGAACCUUCAGGAUCACGUCGGGAUGGGAGGGCUGACGUUUAGAAUCGACAAACCUAUAUCAAUUGUCCAGGACAGGUUCCAGGCCUUCCCCAUGACCAUGAACUACGUCACCAAGGAACGAGGUCCUUUAACAACAUUGGGAGGAGUUGAAGGUUUGGCGUUCGUAAACACGUACUUGGGCAACCGUUCUUGGCCCGACAUCCAGUUUCACAUGGCCCCGGCUAGCAUUAACUCAGACGCAGGGGCCAGAGUCUGGAAGGUGCUGGGACUUACUGAAGAGCUCUACAACACAGUUUACAAACCCAUCGCCAACCAAGACGUGUACACUUUAAUGCCGUUGCUCUUAAGACCAAGAUCUAGAGGUUGGGUGAGAUUGAAGAGCAGAAACCCCUUCGAUGCACCCCUUAUAAACGCCAAUUACUUCGACGAUCCCUUUGAUAUUAAAACUUUGGUGGAGGGGGCCAAAAUUGCCGUCAAAAUAAGCGAAUCGGAAGCAUUCAAGCAAUUCGGAUCAAGGCUCCACACUAUUCCUUUCCCCAACUGCAAGCACCACAAGUUUAGGAGCGACAAGUACUGGGAGUGUCAUAUUAGAACAAUCAGUAUGACCAUCUAUCACCCAGUCGGUACUUGUAAGAUGGGUCCAUCGUGGGACCGAGAGGCGGUCGUGGAUCCACGAUUAAGAGUGUAUGGUGUUGCAGGGUUAAGAGUCAUAGACGCCUCCAUCAUGCCCACAAUCCCCAGUGGAAACACGAACGCGCCAGCCAUCAUGGUCGGCGAAAAGGGGGCAGAUUUGAUAAAAGAAGACUGGUUAUCAAAACAACUGUAGUUUAGGGAACCUGUAAAUAAUUUUUUGUACAUAAAACGUAUUUAUAGUAAAAAGUAAAAGCUGGGCAUGAAUGCAAUAAAUUGUAAUUGUAGAGUGUUUGAGUUUUUUAGUAGUUUUUAAGGUCUAUCUUGUUUGAGAACUGGAUGUUUAGUAUUUAAGUGACCUUGUGCC